AUGGACAAGGAAGGCUCUUUUAAUUAUUCGCAUCGUGUAAGUUCGCCGAGCGUCAUUUGGGGUUCUUUCGAGUUUCGACACAAGAGCAAAACCAAGUACCUUAAAAUUUGGGACACUGCUGGACAGGAAAGGUUCCAAUCACUGGGUGUGGCGUUUUACCGCGGCGCGGACUGCUGCGUGCUGGUGUUCGACGUCAGUAAUACGAAUUCACUUAAGUCGCUCGAUUCAUGGCGCGACGAAUUCCUGGUGCAAGCGAGUCCACGCGAGCCGGAAAACUUCCCCUUUGUUGUUCUUGGAAACAAAAUCGACCUGGAGAAUCGCACGGUAGUUUUCAAGUCAUUUUCUUAG